AUUUCUUCUCCACGGCAACUGUCUUACCUAAGCAAAGUUUCCCAAAAAGUAGAAAUGGCAACAAAAGAACAUUGUUUGUAUUGUUUGGAAAUCGUGAAUUCUUCCUUACAACACAGACUGCCACGGGAUCUUUGGAACGUUGAUUCCUGGACCAAAAAGUAUCCCAUUUUUGUCAAAUUUUGUACAAUUAAAAAGUCCGGAAAAGAACUACGCGGAUGUAUUGGAACAUUUCAGUCGUUUCCGCUAAACAUUGCUCUUGAACAUUUCGCAAAGCAAGCCGCAUUUAAAGACACUCGCUUUAAGCCUCUCCAGCUGAACGAAUUACCAAAGAUAGAAUGUCAAGUCGAUGUAUUGGUCCAUUUCGAAAAGAUCGCGAGUCCAUUGGAUUGGACCGUCGGUGUUCAUGGCCUCUGGAUUAAAUUUGACGUAAAGAAGAAACACUAUGAAGCUACCUUUUUGCCUUCGGUUGCCGAAGAACAAGGCUGGAACCAAGAAGAAACAUUGGAUGAAUUGGUCUAUAAAGCCGGUUACGCCGGCUCCUUGACAGGAGUUCAUAUUGCUGCUGAACGUUACCAGACGUCUAUUGCAAAUGCAACUUUUGAGGAAUACCUUUUAGCUGCUUCAGAGGCUAUGGGCGCAACUGGUAUUUAAGUGUGAUGAACAUGAAUUACCGACACACUACAAGCAAUUGACAAUUGCCUAAGCAAUUAGACACCCUUUUUGCAUUCCUUUCAUGACUCUUAGUAAUGACUGCCACGAUUUUAUGUUUCUUUUCCCUGUUACAAACCCUCUUCACACCAUUACCAACUGAUAUUGAUUUGUUUUCUUAUGUUAUUGUACUCUGAAGAAUAUAAAAAUAACAAUUGAAUUACUUGGCUAUGAAAGUAGUUAGUAGACAGCGAGUUGAAGCAUGAAG